AUGUCAACCCAUAGCCAUAGUUAUACUCACGUACUCUAUCCACUCCCAUGGCUACCCAUCUCUAGUUCUACGCAAACACCUCCAAAACGAGCUCGUAUACUAAACCACUCCACCGCUACUAAACCCAUAAUUCACUCACCCUCUUCCUCUUCCCAACCAUGGAUCGAAUCACUGCGAUUUCAGGUCCGUUCCAAUCUUUUCCGGGAAGCCAUUUCGACCUACAUUCACAUCACAAGCACCGGUAUUCCACCGGACAAUUUCGCUUUCCCCGCAAUUCUAAAGGCUGCUACGGCUCUUCACGACUUGGAUUUGGGGAAGCAGAUUCAUUCCCACGUAGUGAAAUUCGGCUACCAAUCGUCUUCGGUCGCCGUGGCUAAUACCCUUGUCAACGUGUACGGAAAAUGCGGUGAUAUUGACGAUGCAUGUAAGGUGUUUGAGAGAAUCACUGAAAGAGACCAAGUUUCUUGGAACUCGAUGAUUGCGGCUUUCUGUCGUUUUCAAGAGUGGGAACUUGCUUUGGAGGCGUUUCGGUCUAUGCUAAGGGAAGAAAACGUGGUGCCUAGCUCUUUUACUCUGGUGAGCGUGGCACAUGCUUGUUCGAAUUUGGACAAGCAUCGUGGUUUGUGGCUUGGUAAGCAAGUUCAUGGAUAUAGUCUUAGGAAUGGAGAUAGGAAGACUUUUACAAUCAAUGCUUUGAUUGCUAUGUAUGCUAAGCUUAGACGAGUUGAUGAUUCCAUAGCUUUAUUUCAGUUAUUUGAGGACCGUGAUUUGGUUUCGUGGAACACCAUGAUAAGUUCAUUAUCACAAAAUGACCGGUUUGUAGAAGCCUUAGUGUUCUUGCACAAGAUGGUUCUUGCAGGAUUUAAACUAGAUGGUGUCACCAUUGCAAGUGUUCUUCCUGCCUGCUCUCAUCUUGAGAUGCUAGACUUGGGGAAGGAAAUUCAUGCUUAUGCAAUGCGCAAUGAUAAUUUGGUAAGAAAUUCUUAUGUGGGAAGUGCUUUAGUUGACAUGUACUGCAAUUGUAGAUUAGUAGAGAGUGGUCGACGAGUUUUCGAUUCUAUCUUGGAGCGAAGGAUUGCUCUCUGGAAUGCUAUGAUUACUGGUUAUGCACAAAAUGAGCAUGAUGAGGAGGCAUUGAGCUUGUUUCUUGAAAUGUAUGCUGUUUCUGGGAUUUCUCCCAAUGCUACCACUAUGUCAAGUAUUGUUCCUGCUUGUGUUCGCUGUGAAGAUUUCUCUGAUAAAGAAAGUAUCCAUGGCUAUGUAGUAAAAAUGGGUUUUGCAAGUGACCGUUAUGUGCAAAACGCGUUAAUGGACAUGUACUCCAGGAUGGGGAAGAUAGAAAUAUCUAAGAAAAUAUUUGAAAGCAUGAAAGAAAGAGAUAUAGUAUCUUGGAACACUAUGAUUACUGGUUAUGUUAUUUGUGGAUAUCAUGAUGAAGCACUUAAUUUGCUACAUGAGAUGCAACUAGGCUCUGGUGAACUGAAAGAUGAGAAAGGCAUUCGUCUCAAACCGAAUUCAGUAACGCUCAUGACAAUCCUUCCUGGUUGUGCUGCAUUGUCAGCACUUGCUAAGGGUAAAGAAAUUCAUGCUUAUGCUAUUAGACAUUUGUUGGCAUCUGAUGUGGCAGUUGGUAGUGCACUAGUUGAUAUGUAUGCAAAAUGUGGUUCCUUGAAUGUAGCUAGUGCUGUAUUUAAUGAAAUGCCCAUUCGAAAUGUGAUCACAUGGAAUGUACUCAUUAUGGCCUACGGAAUGCAUGGGAGAGCUAAAGAAGCCUUGGAACUAUUUGACAACAUGAUGGUUGAAAGAGUCAAUAAUAAAGAAGUGAGGCCUAGUGAAGUUACAUUUAUAGCAGUUUUUGCAGCAUGUAGUCACUCUGGGAUGGUUUCUGAAGGAUUGAAAUUGUUCCAUAGAAUGAAAGAGGACUAUGGGGUCGAGCCUAUACCAGAUCAUUAUGCGUGUGUUGUAGAUUUGCUUGGCCGAGCUGGUAAGGUGGAGGAGGCAUUUCAACUCAUCAACACAAUGCCUUCUAACUUUGACAAAGCAGGUGCUUGGAGUAGCCUUCUUGGUGCUUGUCGAAUUCAUCAGAAUGUAGAGAUUGGGGAGAUUGCAGCUGAGAAUCUCUUGCAGUUGGAGCCCAAUGUAGCUAGUCACUAUGUUCUUCUCUCUAACAUCUACGCAUCUGCUGGGCUUUGGGACAAGGCAAUGAAUAUUCGGAGAAUGAUGAAGGAAAUGGGGGUGAAAAAAGAACCUGGCUGUAGCUGGAUCGAAUUCGGUGACAAAGUGCAUAAGUUUUUGGCUGGAGAUGGAUCCCAUCCACAAAGUGAGCAACUCCAUGAAUUUCUUGAGACCCUUUCUGUUAGGAUGAAAAAGGAAGGAUAUGUGCCUGAUACUUCUUGUGUGCUUCAUGAUGUUGAAGAAGAAGCAAAAGAAACUUUGCUUUGUGGGCACAGUGAGAAACUAGCGAUAGCUUUCGGGAUUCUGAAUACUCCUCCUGGAACUACCAUUAGAGUUACCAAGAACCUUAGAGUUUGUAAUGACUGCCAUGCUGCAAGUAAGGUCAUCUCUAAGAUAGUUAACAGGGAAAUCAUUUUAAGGGAUGUAAGGAGAUUCCAUCAUUUCAAGAAUGGAACUUGUUCUUGUGGGGAUUAUUGGUAAAUAUUAUAUAAAGGUGGGAAGAGGUGAUUGAUAACCUCAUUUUUUUCUAACGAUUUUGCUUAGCUUGCUUUGUCAUUCUUGGAUUUGUUGUUUAUGGUUGUACAACUAAAUUGAAAAGAGAAAAAAGAAAAUAGGACUAUAUCAAAAAAAAAAAAGAUCACAAUCUAAAGCAGUAAUAUUCUCCUAAAUUUCUUUUAUAUUAAGUUCCUGAAUAAAACUAUAACGUUAUAAAAAAAAAAAAAGGAUUGAUUUG